AUAGUAUUUUUGCUAAAAUAUUAAGUUCGGAAUAGAGCAUCAAUUUUAUGAUAUCAAUGGAUAAAUAGUUUUAAUACAGAAAAUACGAAGUUAGCUUGACCGGCAAAACGGCGGUAUAGCUAUGUUUAGUUCUCCUUCAGUCAUGCACAGUGAUGAUACCAACCCCGCUCCUAGUCCUACUUAUGACAAUGAUGACGAAGAAAUUAUUAACUGGGAGGAGGAAGCAGUUGCGAUUAUACGAGAUGUUAAUCUUCAUGUUGCACUAAUUGAAAUCUCCCGACAACUGCCCAACAACGAGAGUAAAGUGUACCUGAACGUGCGCACUAUCGAGGGUCAGGAAUACUGUGUGCAAGUAUCGAGUAUUGGUUUUCGCGUGGUUGCCAAUAGAUUUGAUACAAUUGAUGCUGAUAAAAGUGAAGUAAAUGAGGACGAAGAGGUUUAUGAAACGCCAUAUUCUUUGUUAGAUAAAAUCAGUCCCAGCUACGUGGAGUCCUUUGGCAAUCAACUUUGCAAACAAUUACUUUCUGUACAACAAAUGCGUACACAAUUCAAUGAAGAAGACGAGGAGGGUGCCGAUGAAGAUGACAGUGAGUGCACAAAAGAGUCAUUGUGAGAAAAGAAGUCUGUUUCUGACAUUUUAUAAUCGAGGAGAGCCAAAAGAGAUUCAACCUUAAACUAAAUGAAAGCUGAAAAACAAAUACAAAUUAGCUGUAAGCAAUUUCCAUUUUAAUUUAUGCUUGUAAU